UGGACUUCCUUUUAUUGGCACAGGUUUCUGCCAGUGAAUCAUUCCGCUGCUGGAGACAGACAAGGAACUGCAGCCGAAGACACAAGUAAGGCAGUCAGAGCAGAGACCCAACAUGUGGUGUCUCCUUGUGCUACUGUGUUCCCAAGCCGUUGCCUUUUCAGCAGGAUUCACAGCACUCCAUGCUCUGAAAUCAGAGGAAGGGCUGCACAGGAAGCAACGCAACCCUGAAGACCUCAUGAACGUUAGUGAAAUGAUCAGGUAUCAUGGAUACCCAUGUGAGGAGUACGAAGUUACCACGAAGGAUGGAUACAUACUUGGUGUUUUCAGAAUUCCCAGUGGGAGGAACAUGCAUAAUACAGGACAAAAGCCUGCAGUCUUCCUACAGCAUGCUUUUCUAGGAGAUGCCACCCACUGGAUUUCUAAUCUGCCCAACAACAGCCUGGGAUUCCUCCUUGCAGAUGCUGGCUUUGACGUCUGGUUGGGAAACAGUCGAGGAAACACCUGGUCUUUAAAACACAAGACCCUUAAGCCCUCCCAGAAAGAGUUCUGGCAAUUCAGCUUUGAUGAAAUGGGUAAAUAUGAUAUUCCAGCAGAGCUGUACUUCAUCAUGAAUAAAACUGGACAAAAGAAUGUGUACUAUAUUGGUCACUCUGAAGGCACUGCAUCAGGCUUCAUAGCAUUUUCUACAUAUCCUGAGCUGGCUAAAAGGGUGAAAGUAUUCUUUGCUCUGGGCCCAGUAACCACUUGCACAUAUGCUAAAGGCCCUUUGAUGAAGAUAACAAAACUUCCUGAAGCUGCACUCAGGGUAUCAUUUGGCUGGAAAGGAACCAUGCACCAGAUUGGAUUUAUGCAAGGACCCGUGACGCAGUUCUGUACAAGCAGUGAUAGAUUUUGUGGCAAAAUACUCUGUUAUAUAGCUGGGGGCAACAUACAAAAUCUGAACACAAGUCGAAUAGAUGUAUACGUAGGACACUCCCCAGCUGGAACAUCAGUACAGAAUAUAAUACAUUGGCAUCAGGUGUUCCAUGCAGACAAAUUCCAGGCUUAUGACUAUGGCUGGAAGGAAAAUAUGAAGAAAUACAACCAGUCUACUCCUCCUGCAUACAAGAUAGAGAAGAUAAGCACACCCAUUGCCGUUUGGAGCGGUGGAGAAGACAAAUUUGCAGAUCCCAAGGACAUAACAAAACUACUUUCUAGGAUUAAUAAUCUCUAUUACCAUGAGAAUUUUCCUUUCUGGGGACAUCUUGAUUUUGUAUGGGGCCUUGAUGCAGCUGAGAAAAUGUAUAUGAAAAUUGCUGAACUAAUUAGAAAACAGCCUUAAAGAUUCAUACAGGAAGUUCCUUCAUCCAGCAAAGCCCUCAAAGAUUUCUAUUUAGCAGUAGAAUAUAGGCGUAGGGAUUGGUAUAGGGGUUUAUUUCUUUCUUGCAUUGUAUCUCACGGCUUUAUGGUAUUUUGAUGAAGGCGGGUAGGUAGAUAGGGUAAGGUAUGUUAGGAAGGUAAGAAACAUGAAGAUGACCACUGAAUAUACAAUUGAGAAGGCAGCAUGAGUUACUUUGAAAUAUUUUAACAGUUACAGGACUGAUUUUGCUACAAACAAGCUUUUAUCUCCCUUGUAUACUAAUAUUAUAUAUUCCAUUUGAGACAGAGGUGUUAUCAUAUGAAAACAUUAAAAUUGGAUAUAGUCAUUUCUCUGUUUAAGUAUUACUGAUCUUUGCUUAAAUUAAAUCAUUAUCCUCUUCUUCAA